CCGCGCACCCCUUGUUCGCUUCCCACCACCAGCCAAUAUCCAGUAUCGCAAUUACCCUCAACCACUCCCAACCGUCCCUCCUUCCUUCUCCUACCCACUCCCGCUUAACCAUAGCAUAUACCCAAGUCAAGCACAAUGCUCCUCACUUCUACCUUCCUCCUCCUUGCCAUCUUCAUCAUAUCCGCAGUUAUCAUCCUCCCCCGCAUCCUCCCAAAGCACUCCCUCCCUCUCCCUCCAGGUCCACCAAAGCUUCCCCUCAUAGGAAACGUACACCAGAUACCCACAAAGGACGAACACAUCACUUUCCUCCAGUGGUCAAAGCAGUAUGCAUCGGACGUCGUCUGCGCAACCGUCUUUGGACAGCCUCUUGUCGUCCUCAACUCAAAAGAAGCUGUCAUGGAUCUCAUGGAACGUCGUGCGCCUAUCUAUGCUGCAAGGCCAAGAAUGGUCAUGUGCGGAGAACUGGUCGGCAUCGGUGGCUCCGUCGCCCUCACGGCGGAUAUGAACAGGCACAGGCACUUCCGCCGGCUUUUAACCGCCGCUCUUAACCCACGUGCUUCCCAGGACUACUGGCCGUCCCAGAUGAAGGAAUCGCGCGAGAUGAUGGUGCGUCUCUUGGAUGAUCCGACCAUGCUCGAAGACCAUAUCAAGCGAACUGUCGUCGCUGUUAUCUUCCUCGUCUGCCAUGGAUACCAGAUCCGCAGCAACGAUGACUACUAUAUUUGGCUUGGGAACAAGGUCAUGCAGAACUUUGCAAAGGCCGCUGCACCGGGUGCAUGGCUUGUCGACUUCCUUCCCUUCCUUCGUUUCAUCCCCGCUUGGGUACCUGGUGCUGGGUUCCAGAAGAUUGCUGCCGAGUGGCGCCAAGAAUGGUUCGAUCUCCUCGAGAAGCCAAUCAACAUGGUCAAGGCGAACAUGGCGGCCGGCACUGCCAAGCCCAGCUUCUCCAGCCGUCUCUUGGAGGCGAAUGCUGCUGGUGCUCGCGAUAAGAAGGAAGACGAUCUCAUCAUGUGGGCAUCGGGCUCCCUCUACUCUGCCGGUGCCGAUACUAGCGUCAGCGCUAUACACUCGUUCUACCUCGAGAUGCUGCUCCACCCCGAGAUCCAGGCAAAGGCGCAGGCUGAGCUUGAUCGCGUGGUUGGCAAGGACCGUAUGCCGACAUUCGACGACAUGGCCCUUUUGCCUUAUUGCGGUGCCAUUGUCAAGGAAGUCUUUCGUCGCCGGCCUGUGGCUCCUCUUGCUAUUCCGCACACAAGCCGCGAAGACGACACAUACAAGGGAUUCACGAUUCCCAAGGGAAGCAUGGUCAUGGGAAACAUCUACGCUCUCAACAUGGAUCCUACGGUGUUUGGGAAGCCCGAAGAGUUCAACCCCGAGCGCUACCUCGCCCCAACCGGAGAACCACAGAAUCCCGCCGGCAUCAACCGCGAUAUCGGUAGCUGGUGCUUCGGGUUUGGCCGCCGUCUGUGCCCCGGAGAGAACAUCGCCGAGGCAAGUCUGUACAUGGCCGUUGUGAACACGCUUUGGGGCUUCAACAUCAAGUACUCGCUCGAUGCUGACGGCAAGCCGAUCCUGCCCGAUAUGAACUACGAGCAGGGUGUAGUCAGCCAUCCAAAGGACUUCAAGUGCGACAUCGGCGCUCGCACCCCCGCACACGAGGAGGUCAUGCGCACCGCCGCGGCUGAGUACGCCGGCAUGUAAACCAUCAGCUUUCGAUGUUGGAUCCCAUCUGUAUAUCGCCAGUCACGACCCUACACCCUACUCUCUGUUCUGUUCUUGUGCUAUGUUAUCUGCCCAUGCGGGCAGUCUUGGGAGAAAUCGAAAGAAAGACACCACGGGCGUCCCUUUCUUGACACAAACCGACGACAGAAAAAGGUAAUUCUAUCACAAUGCUUUCCAAAUUUUGCUUUUCAUUCUUUUUUUUCCCUGGCUUGCAAAAAGAUCAAUUAAAUCCCUUCAUUCGUUUUGAGCUUUGUCUCGAUAGUGAACUAGCUUAGGCGUCUCCUUCUCG